UACCGAGUGCUUCCAAUCGUGCGGUCACUUCGUCGUGCAUGUGUGCCCGUUCUAUGAAUCACACUGCCAGAAAAAAGUGAUAAACAACUGCCGUGGUGCCAGAGAGUACAAAAUAAGCGACCGGGUACGCACUGACGAAAGGAUGGCCACGAUCGAUCGGAUUAAGGAGAACUUCCCCAUCCAUUGGCACGUAUGGAACAACGAUUUCCAGGAGCUACAGCAGGCAAUCAAUGAAAAAUCGGUAAAUCAAGAGCACGAUUUGGAAAAACUAGACCCGAGAGGACGCACGCCGCUUAUGCUGGCAGUAAAGUUGUGUCACCUGGAAUGCGUCAAAGCGCUGCUCGCGGCCAAGUGUAACGCCAACGUUGAAUGCGACGGAUGGUCCGUGGUUCAGGAAGCAGUGUGCUCGGGCGAUGCAAACAUUCUGACCGCCAUCCUCGAGGUGCGCGAUUUGCAGCGCCACAUUAAGCGUGUUUCACAUGUACCGCAACUACUACAACACCUCCAGGAUACGCCAGAUUUUUACGUCGAAAUGAAGUGGGAGUUUACCAGCUGGGUGCCGCUGAUGUCACGGGUUUGCCCUAGCGACACGUACAAGGUGUUCAAACGGGGCGCAAAUGUACGCAUCGACACGACGCUGCUCGGCUUCGACAACAACACCUGGCAGCGAGGCAACCGCAGCUACAUCUACAAGGGCCAAUCGAACACGGCCAGCAUGAUCGAGAUCGAUCACGACACGGGCGAGGUGUCGAUCGAGCACAUGCGCAACAUCGAGUCAGAAAACAUUGACGGAAUUCGGCCGAGCCGUGAGGCGGUACAGCUGAGGUUGCAGGCACCGGUUAUCUGCAACCACAUCGAUAUGGACAAGAUCAGUUUCGAGCGCAACAAAUCCGGGUUCUGGGGGUGGCGCAGCGAGAAGGUGGAAUCGAUCAAUGGCUACGAGUGUAAGGUGUAUGGGGCGAGCAAUGUGAAGUUCAUUACGCGCACCCGCAACGAGCACCUGGGAGACGAUCAGGGGAGGACGAAAAAUUCCCGCACUCCCCUGCAGCACUUUCUUGGUAUGACUGACGAGGACUACGAUCACACGGCAUCCGGGUCGAUAAGUGCGCUUAGGGAAACGUCUUCCUCGGUGGGCGAAGACCGCUCGCCGGAUGGGUCGGAGGCCGGUGCGGGUGCUAUUGGUGGACAGGGAGCGACGAACAGCAGCCCGGCCGAGCAGCAGCAGCAGCAGGCACCGACGGCCGAAGAGUACUUUUCCGACGUCGACCUCGGUGGCCGGGAUAUUGGGAAACCCAAGCGAAUCAGUGCCAAAGAGCAACACUUUAAGGCAAACAUUUGGCUGAGCGAAGAGUUUCCUAUCAAGCUACAGGAACAGGUGCUACCGAUUCUGGAUCUCAUGUCCACAAUGGCCAGCCCGCACGUGUCGAAGCUGCGGGACUUUAUAACGAUGCAGCUUCCGGCGGGAUUCCCGGUGAAAAUCGAAAUCCCCCUAUUUCACGUCCUGAACGCGGUGGUAACGUUUGGCAACGUGUUUGCAACCGAAAACCCAGUUCCACACGUAAGCAAUAUUCAGGAAAGUGACGACCGCAUAUCGUGCAUCAUCGACGACGCGUGCUUCGAGGUGCCGAGCGAGUAUGGUGUGCGACGCGGUGGCACGGACUUCCGUCAGCAGCUCACCUUCGAGGACGAAGACGAACUGAUGCAGUUCGCCAUCCAGCAGAGCUUGGUCGAAUCUGGCAGUGAGAACGACAAGGUUGACAUCUGGGAAGCACUGAAGGCCCCGCGGCCACUCACGCCGCAGUACUACGAAGACGAGCAGCUACAAAGAGCUUUGCAAGAAUCACUGAUAACUGGAUACCAGCAGAGCCGAGGCGACGGUAGCCACGCGGUAUCAUCCGGUUCCGGUGUCGCGUCGGACACCAACUCCACACUAGCACUAGCACACGACGGUGCGUCCGACGCAACCGACGACAGGCUACCCGACUAUCUCGACCCAAAUCUGGAACUGGCGAUCAAGCUUAGCCAAGAGGAAGAGGCUCGCCGUGAAGAGGAACGGUUGCGUGAGGAGCAAAUGUUGGCCGAAGUACUGCGGCUGAGUUUACAGGAGAAGUAAAAACCCAUUCGGCAGCCGAGCUCCAAUAUACCGAGAGAUGUUCAACCAAACAAGCCAAAAAGCGAUGCUGUUGAGAAAACAGUAGGAAACGAUAUUCUACACACGCCACCUAUCGCUUGAAUCCUGCAUCUUUCCCUUUUUUCUCAUUCCAUUCUCACUAUCGAGAAACUAAGCUUGCUGCAAGGGACAGAGAGAAGUGAGAGUCAAAACGUGGGCUAAUCAACGGGUGAUUUGCUGUCUUUUUGCUAAUGUAGAAAAGAAACCACUUCCCGACAUAGGGACGAAGUUUCCAGCGUGAUCGUCAUCAGUACAGUCCAUUUUGCACCUAGUUUCGUAAGCUUUGGCUUCUUUCCGUUCCGCUUUAGGUUUACUUUAGGGGCUGCUAGUUCGUUCUGCGAGUGUCGCACUUUUUCCUGCAUAUGUUUUUGCGCAACUCCCUCGCGCAACACUCCGCCGGUAGCAGAGGAAUUCCGACCAAGGUGAUCCAAUCAUCGAACACUAACGAUCUGGAGCGAGCACGACUCCUGGCGACGAUUAGAUCGAAAGCAUGCGCGAUGAAUGCUGCGAGGAUUUGAAUCGCACAGUAACACAGUCGUUGUACCUACAUGUAACGCGUGGCGCGCGCGGGCAAAACAAAACUAUUUUAUACUACUCGCUUCAUAAUAA